AAUGUCAAUCUGACGUUUCGCGUCAAAUUUUCAACAACACAACACACAACAAUGAUAAUGAUUCAUUUAUAAAUAAAUACAAAAGCAGUAGCCCACGCGAACGUCUAAAUAAGGAAAAAUCGUGCAUGUCGCAUUCGAAUCUUCCGGACAACGAUCUUGUGGCCGUGCCCGAAACAAGCAGGCUCAUGGACGGGCACGUAGCCGCCGAUAGCGGAACAUCCUCCACGGAUUUACGGCCGAAUCGGGAAUCGACGCGUAAAAGAAAGCAACGCGCGGAUAGCGACUACGACGAAUCCAGACCGACGCCCCAGUGCCGUCGAGACGACGAGAGCCACCGCAGGAAUCGAGAUCGCGGCGAUUCCGAUUACGCUCAUCAAACCGCCCCCGCCCAAGAAGAGGAGGAGGAAGAGUUGAAAUACGGCGCUAAGCAUGUUAUCAAAUUGUUCGCCCCCGUGUCGAUUUGCAUGGUCGUCGUCGUCGCCACGAUUAGCGCCGUUAAUUUUUACUCAAUCAAAGAUAUGUACUUGGUUUAUACACCGUUCCACGAGGAGAGUUCCGAUUCGAGUACGAAAGCCUGGAAUGCCGCUGCUAAUGCUUUGAUUUUAAUGGCCGUUAUCGUCCUGAUGACUGUACUAUUGAUUGUUUUGUACAAAUACAGGUGCUACAAGACGAUACACGCCUGGUUAAUAGUCUCGUCGCUCAUGUUACUUUCUAUAUUUUCCUACUUGUAUUUGGAAGAAAUUCUAAGAGCUUACAACAUUCCGAUGGAUUAUCCGACGUUGUUGGUGAUAAUGUGGAAUUUCGGCGUAAUGGGAAUGAUGGUUAUCCAUUGGCAGGGGCCUUUAAUAUUACAACAGGCUUAUUUGAUAUUCGUUGCCGCUCUGAUGGCCUUAGUUUUCAUAAAAUAUUUACCCGAAUGGACGACUUGGGCCGUAUUGGCUGUCAUUUCCAUUUGGGAUCUAAUAGCAGUAUUAAUGCCGAAGGGACCGUUGAGAAUCCUAGUAGAAACCGCCCAAGAAAGAAACGAGCAAAUAUUCCCAGCCUUGAUUUACUCCUCUACUUACAUGUAUGCUUAUACGAGCAUGGCCACGGGUGAGGAGGUUCCGAACGUGAACGUGUCUCGAAGCAACAGUGAAGACCAUGGGUUUACGAGAGAAUGGGUGGAUAAUCACGCGACCAGGGUGGCCCAAAGGCAAUUGGAAGUUCGAAGCGAUCCCAACGGGCAACAUCGUACGCAAGUGCAUCAACAAGACGAGGAAGAACGUGGUGUGAAAUUAGGUUUAGGAGAUUUUAUAUUUUACAGUGUUUUAGUUGGUAAAGCGUCCUCGUAUGGCGAUUGGAAUACUACUUUGGCUUGUUUCGUAGCCAUUUUAAUAGGUUUGUGUUUGACGCUGUUACUUUUGGCGAUUUUCAAGAAAGCUCUACCAGCUCUACCUAUAUCGAUUACAUUCGGUCUCGUCUUUUAUUUCGCAACCAAAGAGAUUGUAAGUCCUUUUACGGAUACUUUAGCUAAUCGACAAAUAUUUAUUUGAAUAAUUCUUUUUAUACAUUCCCACGUAUUUACUAAUUGCAUUUUGUACUUGUAUAAUACAGAAUGCUAAUUUUUCUUGUUUGUUUCACUGUCUUUACCAAGCGAAUAAUCCAAUGUUUCCACUAAGCUCUCGGGCUUCUCCGUCCAACAUUCGUAAUUCCUAUCUCGCGUUUCAAACACCUUGGCUUUCUUGCAAUGCAGGCAAGUCCAAGUUACCUUUUGUUUUUUAACGCGAACUUUACACGUUAUUCCUGCGAGCAGGAGACAUCUGCAGGAUUUACAAAGGGUCCUUUUCGUCUGGAU